AUGGCAGGCUAUAGAAAAGUCGGUGAUUUCUUUGAGGAAGAGAUGAACAGGUUGAAAAGGAGAGAAAGAGAAAUUCAAGAGGAAGUUUAUCGAGAAAGAAUGGAAGAUAAGAAACAAAGCCAGAUGUAUGAUAUUGAUGAGAUAGGAAGCCGGUCCAGAAGAAGUGGAAGCAGAGAUUCAAGUCUUGGGAGUAGGAGUUAUGAUAUUGCACAAGAACUUGAAGAGGAAAGAGGGAGGAAAAGACAGAUGGCUGAAGAACUUGAUAUUCGAGAGAGACAAAUUCAAAAGACAAGCGAGUUACUAGAAAGACAAUCCAAGAUGCUAGCAAAUCUUGAAGCAAAUGUAUUGGGACCGAGUCAAAUGUCAAUGCCAUAUCUUAUGGGACAAUGUCAAACCUCGAUGUAUAAUCAGUUGACUACGAGUGUCUAUCAACAGUCUAUCCACACAGAUUACCAGUAUUCACAGCAGUACCCCCCAAUGAAUCCAGUUCCUGUAUUAAAUACAAUAGUUCCACCAUAUUAUCAGUACAAUCAACCUAACACCACCUCUGAUGUAUGUUAUAAUUCUACAAUGGUCCCCCCACCAGUAAUAGGAAUUGUUGAAGAACCUGCUUGUAAGAAAGCUAAAACAGAGACUGGUGUUGGUGCAACUGAAAUUAAUAUAACUGAUAUAGAUUUGGAGAGAAAGAAUCCAGAUUUAAAGUGUGCUUAUGAAAAAUGUAGGAAAACCGGCCAUGAAAUAGCUUAUUGUCCAUUGUUAAAGAAAAGAAGUUUAUAUGCUACAUGUUUUUAUUGUAAAGUAAUUGGUCAUAGAAAGGAACAGUGUCCAAAAUUAGUUGAGAAGCUUGGAAAAUCAAAAGGAUUGGUGUGUUUUAACUGUAAUACAGCAGGUCAUCAUUGUAGAAAUUGUCCAGGAAAGAUGAAAUCAAUCAAAUGCUAUAGAUGUAACUCUGAGGAACAUAGAGUUCAGAAUUGUCCUCAAAUCAAAAAAUCAAAGAAAGCAGAAGUAACAGAGACUGUUAGUAUAGAUGAGGUGGAUACUGUACCAGACACUUCUGAUACACUGAACAAUAUUACACCAUCAAAUUUGGUAUCAAUUGCAUGUGGCAAUCCACUAAUGAAAAAUAGUUUUACACUAGCAGUGGCUGGAAGUGUAACAACAAAACAGAGUGCAAAAUCAGAGGCAACAAAAGACAAAAGUAGUGCAAAGAAAUGUACAGGUAGUUCAACAAAAGAGAAAAGGAGUGCAGUAUCAAUAGCAAGUAAUGUAAAUAGUCAGGAACUAACAAGUAGUGCAUCUGUAAAUGUCAGUUGUGGUAGUGCUAAUAGUAAAAAUAUAGUCCAAAAUACUAGCACAAAGAAUAUCAAUGCUACUAGUGUUUCAUCGAAUGAUGCAGCCAAAGACGCUAGUCUUAAAACAAACAAUCCUUCCAAAAACAUUUGUACUGUGUCAUCUUGUGUCUCCAAUACCAACAGUGUUAUAGCAAGGGAACAAACUGUAAAAAGUGCUUCAGCUAAACCUGUACAGGGUCAAAAAGACUUUGAUAUUGCUGAAGAAAUGGAAAAGUUUCAAAACAACCCAAAACAUAUGAUUAGCAUGGGUAAAUAUAGACGCCAUAUUGAAAAUCUUAGAAAAGCUGAGAGGGAGAAGAAGAAAUCUGCUGAACAAAGACAAGCAGCAGAGAAGAUAGUUGAUUCCUCCAGUAAUAAAGUUCCUGAUAAACAGGAAAAUAUGAGUUCUAGUCACUAUUCUAAUUCUAAUCAAUCUCACAGUGAUAUUGUUACUCAAAAUCAACAUCCAAUGAAAGACUCUACGAAGGAAGUAGAAAAACCAAAGUUGAUUGGUAUGACUUGUGAUGUUUGUCAGUUUACCAGUAAGAUACAAUCUGAGAUAAAUACUCAUAAACUAACUCCACUUCAUAUUAAAAAAUGUGAACUGUGUGAGACAGGAUGUAAGAUGUGUGGCAGAGUUAAAUUUAAAACAUUUGAGGAGUACACAAGUCAUAAUACAGAAAAACUACAUAAGGCAUUGUUACAAAAGAAAAGACAAAUAUCCAAUUCAAAAGUGGCUAAAAUAGCUAACAAAGUAGCAGGAGUAGAAUAUGUGGUGCCAGUUUCAGGAUAUUUCUGUAAAUUAUGUAAGAAGUUUUAUACUGAAGAAUCCUUUGCUAAAGAUGAUCAUUGCAGAUCCAAAGAACACCAUGAAAAAAUUGGGGAAGUUCUGGGUACUAAGUAUGAAACUGCUAUCAGAGCCAAAUUUCUGGAACUUUGUAAAUUAAUGCAGAAAAAUAUAAAAUCAAAAAGAGAGACUGCAAGAUUUUUUCAGGUGUUGGCUAGGGCCGAUUUUACCAAUCUGAAACCUUUAGCAAGUGCCAAGUCUCCAGUCCAAAAUAAACCAAAAUCGAAGGAAAUUCCACAGACUGUCACGGAGGACACUGAUCCAUCAUCAGAUGUGUCAAAAGAGUCAUGUGUUUCUGAUGUACUCAUAGAAAGUGUAAAGGAAGUUAAGGGUACUGACAUUUCUGAUGCAGGUGAAACAGGUGACUGUGUAUCAAAGAUUCCAAAGCAGUCUUGUAAUAUCUCUAGUUCUGAAAACAUCGAAGAAAUAAAUUCAGAUAUAGUACGAAACAAGAGUGAAGAUAUUUCAAAAGCAGGUGAUACCCAUGUAAUAUAUGGCUCUUCUGCACCAGUUACUGAGAAUAUUUUAAUGUCGUUAGAUGCAUCAAGAAGUGUAUCUGUUUCUCAAGGCAAUAAAGCUUUUGAAGAUGUUGCAAAGGAUGAAGAUUCAAAGCUUGAUAUAGAUCAACGAAAUAAUUUGGAAAUAAAAAAUUUCACUCCCUUAAAGUCUUUGAAUGUUAAUUUUGAUCAAUCAAGCUCCCAAAUCAUAUCUCCCAAUAUUCAAGAGCAUGACAGAGUUCUUGAAACUGGGGGGUCCACACUAGGGUCUUGCGUACCAAAGAAGAUGCCAAAGAGUCCUACAGUACCAGUAGAGAAGUUGGAAUCCACAGAUGCUGAUAUGCUGUUAACUGAUGAUGAAGAUGAUGAGAUUUUAUGUGGUGAUUGUGACUCUGAUAUUGAGUUAAGUGACUGA